CUCCUCCUCUGCUCUCGCCAUUGCCCGCAGAGCUCCAUCCAAUCACUGGCUCGCUCGCCGAGAUGCAAGGCGGUCGCGUCGGCUGGGACAGCGGACGCGCGCGCGGGAGGAGGAGUUCGCGGACCUGCCUUCCAUCGUGCGGGCCAGCAACCGCCGCCGCCGCCAGCAGCAGAUGCAGCAGGCGCAGCCGAAGAUCCCCUCGUGGGGCCGGCGCCGGCUGAGAAGCCCGCGGCCCAUGACGAUAGCAGCGAGGGCCUCGCCAUUCCGGACACCCCGCUCGCCUUCCCCAAGGACGCCGAGCACGACGAGGCAGAGGUGGCGGAGGACGAGGCCAAGGCUAGCGUGCAGCACAAGGUCGACCCUCAGCCCAUGUCUAUCGUCCACACUUUCGUUGGGCCACUGCCUUCAGUUUCCACCGCCGGACCAGGCAAUAAUGGAUUCAGAUGAUGAAGUUGAUAAUGCUUCCAGACCUCCUGCAGCUCCAUGUGUCCAAGGAAUCUUCAAAAAAUUAUUCAUACCCCAGAUCACCUACUUCACGAUGGAACUGCUCAUAUAUGCUAUUUCCAUUAAUGGGCAAUGGAGAAGAUGUGACACAUCACAAUAUUUUUAUAGAGCUUUUAACCUUCUUUACCAUGACGAUGAAUUUUCCAGUUAUCAAGCCACAUUUCCAUCGACCGACGUGGCUCUGACCAGACACGAAUAAUUUCUAAUCUCACCACAUGAAUGGCACUCUUGGUCUCAUCAGAUAUAAACACACAUGUUCUACUUGCUAAUGUUGAUUGCUCUGCUUGCAGUUGUUGUUACUUUAGAUUUGGUGACGAUCCUAAUUUUUACUAUCUGUUUUUAAUUAGAUUUUAGAUAAACUAAUUAUUUAAAGUUGGUGUCGUUUAGCCCACAAAUCAAUGAA